AUGGAUAAAUCCAUUGUUAAGGGGUUGAGUGAUAAGCUCUAUGAAAAACGGAAGGCAACGGCUUUAGAUCUCGAAAAGCUUGUCAAACAAUGCUUAUUAGAGGGAGACUUCGCGCGUAUUGAUAAGAUUAUUGACGAAUUGUGCCGCGAUUAUGCCUAUGCUCUUCAUCAACCUAUGGCACGUAAUGCUGGUUUAAUGGGAUUGGCCGCUGCUGCUAUUGCUCUGGGCUCUACCGAAGUUGCAAAGUAUUUAGAUAGAAUCCUGCCUCCAGUAUUAGCAUGUUUUGGCGACCAAAAUGACCAAGUCAGAUUCUAUGCCUGUGAAAGUUUAUACAACAUUGCAAAAAUUGCGAAGGGAGAGAUUCUCGUCUAUUUUAAUGAGAUCUUUGACGUUCUAUGCAAGAUUAGUGCAGAUACUGAAACAUCUGUAAGAGGUGCUGCUGAACUUUUGGACAGGCUUAUUAAGGAUAUUGUUGCUGAGCGUGCCUCAAAUUAUGUGAGUGUAGUCAACAAUGAUCCGAAAGACCUACCGCCAGCGACUAAAAUGGACUCGGUUACUGGCGAAGUCAUUCAAGAGGAGUAUAAUCAAAAUCCAAAGCUUGCCUUUUCAUUAGCUAAGUUCAUUCCUUUACUCACAGAGCGGAUCUAUGCCAUAAAUCCUGAUACAAGAAUGUUUCUUGUCUCUUGGUUACAGGUUUUGGAGAAUAUUCCUGAUCUGGAGUUAAUCUCAUAUUUGCCUUCCUUUUUAGGUGGACUGUUUACAUUUCUUGGAGACUCUCAUAAGGAUGUGAGGAUAGUGACCCACUCCUUAAUUGAUUUAUUACUUCAUGAGGUUCAAAGAAUCUCUGAGAUUAAGUCCAUUGUUCAAGAAAGGGAAGAAGAGAAGGUCAAGAGGCUCAAUUCGACAGAGGAAACGCCAACAAAAAAGCCUAACGGCAAGCUCAUCAGCGAGCGCAAAAAGUCUCUACUGAGUGCUUUCGAACAGCUUUCGAUGGCAGAGGCUGCUAACGGUACAAAGCCAAAAGAUCUGAAAGACAUUUCUACCAAUGAGGAUUCAAAACCAAGUGAGCCAGAUUCUAUGAAUGCAGAAAAUGUCGGGAAUAUAAGUUCGAGUACCGUUGAAGAUCUUGAAAAUUCUGAUUUGCGUAACGGGGAAAUCUAUUAUCCAGGCCAAGAUAUACAUCUUGAUUUUCCCAAGAUAAUCGAUAUUCUCAUCAAUACGCUAAGUUCCUCGGAGGCAGAAAUUCAGCUUGUUGUUUUAAAAUGGAUUGAGACUAUUCUGGAAAUAUCUCCAAUUGAUUUUCUACCUUUUCUAUCGAAGAUACUGUCUUUAUUAUUGAAAAUUUUGAAUGAUGUUGAUCCCAGAGUAAGAGAACAAGCUCAAGCAGUAAAUCAAAAAUUAAUCGAUUUAACUGGAAAGUUUGACUACAAAGAAGGACCAGAUGCCAUAAACUACGGGCCCAUUGUCAAUACGCUCACUCUUCACUUUCUCGAUAGUAAUGUUGUUGCAAAAGUUGCUUGCCUUGAGUGGCUGAUCUUAAUUUAUCACAAGGUGCCUCAUCAAUUGUUAGAGCAUAGUGAUAGCACAUUUUUAACGCUGCUCAAAUCUCUUUCUGACAAGGACCAUCAGUUAAUUUCUAAGGCAUUACAGCUUUUAAGUGACUUGUGUAACAAUUCUAAUGAGGCCUACUUUAAAAAGUUUAUGAAAGACCUUUUAAGUUUAUUCAAGAAUGACAGCAAACUUCUGAAAACUCGAGCAAAUUAUAUUUUGAGACAAUUGUGCAUAAAGCUUUCACCAGAAAGGAUAUACAAAGACAUUUCAUCAAUUCUUGUGCUUGAUGAUGAUAUUACUUUUGUUCGGAUGAUGAUUCAAAUUUUGAGCACAAAUUUGAUUACUUGUAGCGAGCUAGAUUCCCUUCGCAAAAAGUUAAGGAGGGGCGAUGACUGGUCUUUUUUCUCUGCACUCUUCAAAUCCUGGUCGUAUAAUCCUACGUCCCUUGUUGCAAUGUGUCUUCUAUCGGAGAACUAUGAAUUGGCUUACUCAAUAUUACAAGUGUUCGUCGACUACCAGUUAUCCGUCAACGACCUACUACAGAUAGAUAUACUUGUCCAAUUUCUGGAAUCUCCGGUAUUCACACGACUGAGAUUACAGCUGCUGGAACAGGAAAAGUACCCCUUUCUGUACAAAUGCUUGUAUGGCAUAUUAAUGGUUUUACCUCAGUCUAAAGCUUUUCAAAUUUUGAACGUCAGACUCAACAGUGUAAGCAGGCUUGCUGCACAACAAAUUCCUUUCAGUAAAUCAUACUCUCUCGAUGGUAGCUCGCGUCAAAGUAGCAGGUCGACGUCAGAUUCUGAUCUAGCAGCAGCUAACGCAGUCCAGAGAAAGCAGCAGUAUGAAAGCUUGUUGCAGCAUUUUAGAGGUAUUUGUGAUCGUGAAUUAAAUGUUUCAAGACCGAACAACGUGUAUGAAUCACAGUUUCAGUUAUUGAACGAUGUGAUUACUCCACACGAUAAUUUCAGUAACAGCUCCACGCCUGUAAAAGAAGAAGAUAAAAUUGAUGACAGUGACAAUUCAUCCGUUAUAUAUCGUGGAAACUCGGCUGGAGGAUUUCGCCGUAAGAUAUCCGGUAAAUUCAAAGGCUUGAGCGGCAAUUGA